GAUUGCAAAUAUCUAACAGAAGAGUUUUCUAAGGCUGUGAAAUCAAUUCUAGAGGUGAGUUUGAGACUGUGCUUGAAAGUGUAAACAUUUUGAUAAGGAUAAACAUCUUGUAAAAUGGAUGGUCCGAAUCUUAACCAACUGCAAACGGGAAGUUUUCUUCACGGGUUGGAAAUGUUAUGACAUUUUUUAUUAAUUAAAUUAAUUAAUGUACUUCUUACAGGAGAAACGUCGUAGUUUGGUGAAUACAUACUGAGAAAUGAUUGCGACAUUUUUUUAACUCUGUCCCGAAAUAGGUCUACGAAUAUAAAGUGUCGGGUUAUAAAACAGACGUUUUACUAUAAAGCUGUAAAGUAAAGAGGUGAGUUCUAUUCGAAACUGUGCUUGAUAAGAAUAAACAUCUUGCAAUUAAAACGGAUGCUCUGAGUCUUAACCAACUGCAGACGGGGAGUUUUCUUCACGGGUUGGAAAGGUAAUGACAAUUUUUGAAUAAUUCUGAUGUUUUAAAGCCUAGUGUGACCUUAAAUGAUUUAUAUACAUUACCUCGCAUGCGUAUUACAUCGUUCCUACGUCCCACAAGCAUUACAGCAUAGUUUGGUGCAUAUAUUGAAAAAUGAAUUGAAAAAUACUGCAUUUAAUUUAGACUCAGUUCAAAAUAUUGCAGUUCAAAGACUUGUGUUUAUCUUUCUAGAAUGGCAUACGUCUGUAGUAAAUGUACGAAGAGUUUUACCCAAAUGACGAACUUAACUCGUCAUACGAAAACAACGCAUCUGGGCAAGACAUUCAAGUGUCAGGAGUGCGAUAAGUCGUUUACAAGAAAGGAUGCCCUCGUUCGUCAUGGUCAGCAACAUCGGCAGUUGGUCACCCACACAUGCGAUAAGUGCCUGAAAGAGUUCUAUCGUCAUGAUAAGUUGGUCGAACAUAGAGUGGUAUGUGACGGAAACACCUUGAAGAGGAAAUCUGAUUGUCCAGUUGACACCACUUCUAAGGCUAAACGGAGUAAAGUUGAUGAGACAGCUCACUCCUCCGAUCAAAUUAGACAUGAAGAUGACGAUCCGUGUAAUCUUACAUCUGCUUUCGAGGAAAACCUGAAGAAAAUUGAACUGAAACCGCGAAAGGAUCAAAAGCAUGAUAUGUCCCAAUUUCUUCGUGGUAAAUCCAAACCGAUUCUUAGUCAUCUACUGAAAGAGCUGGAAAUGAAGAAAGGAUUGAAAUGGUUCAUCAGUGUGAAAGCGAGGUUUGUCAAACCUAAAGUGGACGGUGAAGAUCUAUUCAGUGAACCGCAUUUCCGCAGUCUGUGUACUACAACGGUUAAUGUUCACGAUGUGGAGAAACAACUGCAAGAAGCUUGCAGUAAAAUUAUCGAUUCCUUGGCGAUAUAUCAGAAAGAAGGAAGCGGUUGGGUGUUAGAUGAAAUACUUCAUUUAGACCUGAACAUGGCCAAAUAUACUCCGCUCAAAGCUUCCAGUUAUAUUCCUCUACCGAAAAAGUUGAAGACUAAAAAGGCAAUCGUCAAUAUCAAGAAUACCGACAACAAGUGUUUUAUGUGGUCUGUCCUUGCUGCUUUACAUCCUAUUGAAUAUAAUAGAAAACCUGAACGGUUACACCAUUACAAGGAAUUUGAAAAUGUACUUGACUUCAGCGGCAUUGAGUUUCCUGUCACAAUUGAUAAGAUUGGAAAAUUUGAAAGUCAAAAUAACAUUUCAGUGAACGUGUUUGGUUUCGAAGAUGUGCUCUUUCCCAUUCGUAUCACAAAGGAACAUUUUGACACCCACGUGAAUCUAUUGCUAUACUACCAGGGAACGACCAGACAUUACUGUCUCAUUAAAGACCUGAACAAACUGCUCUACGAUCAAAAUGGUCAUAAAUGUAGAAUGUAUUACUGUCGUUACUGUCUUCAUGGAUUUAUCCGAGACGACCUUCUACAAGAUCAUGAGCCGCAUUGUUGUCAACAUGGAGCCCAGCGUAUUGAAUUACCAAGUGAAGACAAUGCUUCCCUCUAUUUUAAAGAUUAUCACAAACAACUUAAGGUACCAUUUGUUAUUUAUGCUGAUUUUGAAAGUAUCACAGCCAAGAUCGACUCAGUUUCCCCUAACCCAACUAAAUCAUCUACUGAGAAAUAUCAGCACCACCAACCUUGUGGAUUUUCGUAUGUUGUUGUAUCAGAGGCAGAAAAAUAUAACAAACCUCCUGUCGUUUACCGUGGGGACGACGCUGUGGAUAAGUUUCUCGAGUGUUUAGAGAUAGAACAGCAAUACAUCGAAGAGAAACUUAGUUUCAUCGAGCCGAUGCGUAUCGAGAACGAGGAAGAACAGAUGUUUCAAAACGCCAUUAACUGUCAUAUCUGUGGUUUUGAAUUGGGCGCCGACCGAGUUCGCGAUCAUUGUCACCUCACAGGAAAGUUUCGUGGAGCCGCACACAACGAAUGUAACUUAAACUAUAGUUUUACUGGACGCAUUCCUGUCAUUCUUCACAAUCUUCGUGGUUAUGACUCCCACCUGAUUAUGCAAGGUCUUGGAAAGCUAAAGAAUAAGGAGAUCAACUGCAUCCCCAACAAUACUGAAAAGUAUAUUUCCUUUUCCAUCGACAAAUUAGAUUUUAUUGACUCACUUCAGUUUAUGAACGCUUCCCUCCAACGGUUGGUGUCUAAUCUUUCGAAGAAUGGUGCAGAUAUGUUUCCAAUUCUCCAGAAACAUACUGAAGCGGAUAAAGUAUCACUGCUUUUGCGGAAAGGCGUAUACCCAUAUGACUACAUGGAUAGUGUGGAAAAGUUUGAUAAAGAAACUCUGCCUCCUCAAGAAUGCUUCUACAGUGUACUGAAUGAUGAGCACAUUUCCGAUGCUGACUACGAUCACGCUACUCGCGUCUUUGAGGCUUUUAGCUGCCAAAGUAUGGGAGACUAUCAUGAUUUGUACUUAAAAUCUGAUGUUCUGCUCCUUGCUGAUGUAUUUGAAAACUUCCGAAACGUCUGCUUGAAAGCAUACAAUCUAGAUCCUUGUCACUUUUACACAAGUCCUGGACUGGCGUGGCAAGCUUGUCUAAAAAUGACAGAGGUGGAACUACAAUUAUUGACUGAUCCAGAUAUGUAUUUAUUUAUCGAAGAAGGGCUUCGUGGUGGAAUAUCCAUGAUAAGUAACCGUUUCAGUAAAGCGAACAAUCCAUACGUCCCCGACUAUGACCCUCAUCAAGACUCAUCUUACGUGACGUAUCUCGACGCUAAUAAUCUUUAUGGCUGGGCUAUGUCACAACCCCUACCAACUGGUGAAUUCGACUGGUUAAAUGAAAAAGAGAUCUCCAACCUUGACAUCACACAAAUUACCGAUGACUCUGAAGAAGGUUAUAUUCUCGAAGUCGAUUUAAAGUAUCCAAAGGAGUUACACGAUCUACAUAAUGACUAUCCGUUGGCUCCUGAGAAGAUGAAGAUUUGUCCUGAAAUGCUAUCACCCUAUGGCAAACAGCUCUCAGAAGAUUUAAAGCUCGGAAGUGUUGCAGUCCCCAAACUAGUACCCAACCUCAAUGAUAAGACCAAAUAUAUUGUACACUGCCGUAAUCUGAAGUUAUAUCUCGGGCUGGGAAUGGAGCUGACAGUAAUUCACAGAGUCUUGGCGUUUCAACAAAGUCCAUGGCUCAAAGCGUAUAUAGAUUUCAACACAGAAAGAAGAAAGCACGCCACGAAUGAUUUUGAGAAAGAUUUCUACAAGCUGAUGAAUAAUUCGGUGUUUGGAAAGACUAUGGAGAAUCUGAGAAAGCGAGUCAAUGUCAAGUUGGUCAAUGACAAGACAAAGCUGAAAAAAUUAACUGCCCGUCCAUCGUUUGACUCUUUCCGUAUUUUCUCUGAGGAUCUCGCUGCUGUGAAUAUGAAGAAGACAAAGCUAUACUUAAAUCGCCCAAUUUAUGUGGGAUUUACAAUCCUUGAUCUCUCAAAGGUGUUGAUGUACCAGUUUCAUUACGAACAUAUGAAACAGAAGUAUGGUGCCAACGCUAAGCUGCUUUUCACGGAUACGGACAGUCUAUGUUAUGAAGUGAAGACCCGUGACAUCUACCAAGACAUGCUGGAAGACGCAGAGCUAUUCGAUACAUCCGAAUACGCACAAGACCAUCUUUUGUAUAGUACACGAAACAAGAAAGUUCUCGGUAAGAUGAAAGAUGAGACGCAUGGAAUUCCAAUUCAAGAAUUUGUUGGUUUGAGGCCAAAGAUGUACUCCAUCCUAUACACCGAGAACAACAAGCUGGUGGAGAAGAAGACAGCUAAGGGGAUAAAGAAGUCGGUAACAAAGAAGAAAAUAAGACAUGAUAAUUAUAAAACCUGUUUAUUCGAUAAGAAGCAGACAAAAACCUCCAUGAAUCAGAUUUGCAGUUAUGGUCAUGAGAUCUACUCCAUCAAAUUAAACAAGAUCGCUUUAAGUCCGUAUGAUGAUAAACGUUUCAUUUUAGAAAACGGUGUUAAUACAUUAGCUCAUGGGCAUUAUAAAAUUAGCAAAUAAAUUGUGUAACAAAUCCCACACUUAUGGUGGAAAAACAAGGCUGGUGUUUAAAGACAUAUUAAUAUGAUGUAAUAAAACCUUGUAAUGUGAUGAAUUCAAAUACACUUUUUUAUACUCAAUUUCUAUUGUCCUUUGUAUUUUCUUGCGGAAAUUUUGAAGAAACUGAGCUCUGAUGUAAAGGGGACGUACUUAGACAAUUGGACCAUCAGGCCAUAAAAAAGGCCCUCCGGGCCAUUUUUAACAACUGUUAUUAUAUUUAAAAAAAACCGUUAUGGUUUAUUCUCUCCCCUCAACAUUAUGGUUAAACCUGAGUUGUUCUGUUUUCAACUACUAUUCCAAUAAUUAUGAAAUACCACAUUAAUGAAUAAAAUACUGAACAUAUAGGAAUAAUGCCAUAAGCGCGAGAACCAAAGAAAUUAUCACGUUUCGGGACACCCGGGACAAAAAAAAAAGUCCUGCAGGGACACAUAGUAAAAUAGUAGACGGUUAAUUUAAAGAUUUGUUAACGCGGAAUGUUAUUACGGUCAAUGACGCUUUAAUGACAUUAUAAGCGCGUGUAAUUGAUAUGAAAUUAUACUGUGAUGACAUCAUGGGUGGAUCCACCCGAUCCACCCGUCGUAGAACCCCCACUUUGUAUACUACUCCGUUACUUCGUAAAAUAACUUCGUUCCAAGUAAAAAGUACAUUCACGUCGUCACCACUGUUUCCCAGCAAUAGUAAGACUUGUGGACAGCAGAUACAGUCCUAGUUUUUAAACAGUGGAGACGCUUAGCGCGAAAAAUAACUAAUCGUUAAAACGUUCUAGAUAUUGCUAGUCCCCUAGGGAAGUUAAAAAGAACUUUUAAAAUUUCUUUUAAAAUUUUUUCAAAUUUUUCAGGAUCUGAGUGCGUGUACGAAUGCAGAUGGCUUAUUGUGCCUCACCUUUGUAUUAUGUUUUUGUUUUAUUUUUUUAGAAAUUAUGUUGUUUUCUGCAUUUCUGGUGUUGAUUGUUUUGGGAAGUGUCUGUGGGGAUUUUCGUGUCCCCAUUUUAACGCAACCUUUGUCAACCUUCAAUUUACCGUUUUUGCAAGGUUUCAUGGGACCAAACCAGGCCUAUUACGAUAGAGUGACUACUUAUAACGUUUGGAAAACACCAAGGGCCGUCGGAGCCGACAUCAGUGCAUUCGAUGUUAUAGUGGGGUCUACCGCCCAAACCAUGGUUUUCGACGCUGAUGUUCUUCUCCAGCGGGGUCAACUUUCAGUAGCCAUUCUUGAACAAUCACCGCUAUAUAAUUGCCCAGUUCAAUGCUAUACCGUGAAGGAUGCUGAUAUCGAAAAUGCUACUAGUCUUACUUCAAUUAUUUUGGCAAACGUUGCAACAUUAGAAAUUGGAGAAAUUCACCAGUUUGCGGUUACAACAAUGGAGAAGAAAUUUUGUUUCAACAUGACAGUCUUGGAACAGAAACUGAAUCUUUCGUCGUUACGUGUGAUUAAUGAUGAAUGGACGUUGUUUGUACCUGAUAUCGUCGCCGCAGCCAUAAAGUUUCGUGCUGAUAUGCUGAGUGUAACAGUAGACGAACUUGCCGAACUGUUGAACAUAAAUACUACUACAUUGUAUGGCUAUAAUUUGAAUCAAAUUGAAAGCAUCUUCUUCCCGGCAUUUGAUGACUUGGUUGUACGUAAGAACCGCUUCGAAACUCAACUGUUCUCAGUUGUUAUUUCUGGACAGGCCAGUUCUCAAUGGCAAUCUCGAACUAUGGUGUACUAUGCUAAUCAGAUCAGCCAGUUUUCAGUUCGUCAUCUUGAGAUAUUAUACAGAUGGGCUUCAGCACAGCUUUUUGCCAUAGAAAAUAUCCAGUUGUCCAGUUACUUCUCUCAGUGCACCUCUCUUUCGACGACAGGUCCUGCCUUUGAUCUAUCUCAGGAAAUUUUUGGUUAUCAAACUACUCUUCCCUCCUGUAAUGUCGCUUUUGUCUUGUCUCGAUCUUUGAGUGAAGAUGAGGUCAGAUUCAAUCUUACUACAAUCACAAACAGAAAUAUUUUGACCAUCAUUAGAAAUGCAAGUAGUAUCAGCAGCUGGUUUAAUUUCUAUCAACUGUUGUUUGCCAUUUCGGAAGGUAUAUGGAUAGAAACUCCACUUAUUACCCAGGUUCAAGCUCGUCAAGGUCUCACCAAUGCUCAAAUCAUCACUUACUCAGUUCCGCAAAUCGCAUACGCAAUCAGAACCUUGAAUGGAUCUGGUAAUUUAAAUUUGAUUAUGAGGGAUAAUUAUCAGCAAUAUCUUUCCCUCCUUCUACAAAAGUAUGGCUUCUCUAAAUCUACUCUUGGCGCCCUCACUGGACGAACUGUAGCUCAGAUUGACAGUUUAACGAUCCAAGAAGCUCAUAACCUGGUAUUCGGGGCGUUAUAUCUAAGAUAUAAUAUCAAUGAGUUUCUGAGCAAACUCACUGUAGAAGGCGUUGACAAUUUUGUAGCUAUUAAUCUUCCAUCGUUCGAAUGGUAUAGACUGGUACGAAUAGCUAUUGAAAGUUCAUUUGAUCAACUAGCAAGCGCUUUUUCAACUAACCUAACAGCAGGAACUGGUGGUGUUUCAGUUAUUACUCUAGCAGACGGUACAUCUUCAAUAGAAAUUAGAUCUGGCAGCAUAUCCAGCAGCUUUCUUAUUUCUGCCAGUCGUUUAGCGUCGUCCUUAGGUACCACAGUAUCCGAAAUAUACCAGAGAACCAUGCCUACCUACCAAACGUUGUACCAAAGCUCCGCUGUAGAUCUCAUGAAUAGGAAGAUCGUUUUGGAAACAGAAAAUUUGAAUGCUUUGCUGGCCCAACUUGGAAUAACAUUUGACAGUAUUAAGAAUACUGAAACGGUUGGUCAAACAAUUGAGAAUCGUGUUGGUCUCACGGCAGAACAGUUGCGGUGUAUGUAUGGCUGGUCAUCUCAAUUUACAUCCUUCCUAUUCGGCAUAACCUGGGGAAAUGUUAGCUCAUUCCGCCUUUGUAAUGAUUACAUUUCUUGGCCUCUUCAUCGGAUUGCUGUGGCAUUAUUGCACUCUUCUCCUACAGUGUGUCGUAAGUAGAAAUAAACUAUAUUAGGCUUUUAAUAACAGUAUCAAGGUAUCAUUAAUAAGAAAAGAAAACUUAUCUUUUUAAACGUUUUUCUGGCAUCCCAUCAUAUUUUUAGCAAAAUCUCAGUAGUUCGUGCCAGUCGUUAAUGCAAACAAUAAUGAUUAUACUGAACGUUAUUACUGAACAAAGAGAAUUAAAUUGCACGCUAACUUGAGCUUUCUUGCUUCAUGCCAUAAAUAAUUGUGAAUACUUUGUUUCUAAAGAAUUAUGUUCCACUGGCCCUUGUGAUGCCAACGCAGAUUGCACGGACAGAGUCGGUUCAUACAUCUGUACCUGUCGUACUGGUUUCACUGGAAAUGGAGUCACUUGCACCGGUAAGAUGCUAAAGUCAAUCUGAAAUCUGAAUUUAAUAUUAUUUCCAGUCUUCUAUAUUUAUCCUUUUAUAUUUAUUUAUACGUGGGGGUCAAGUGUUGUCAGCCGCGUGGAAUAUAAACCUUUGGUUCAAAUUCUGCAGAACCACUCAUCAAUUUAAAUAUAUUUUAACUCUACUUAAUUUUGUGUUCAAUACCAUUUCUUACCCAGUCCAUCCCACACUGCUUUAUUCUAUCCAACUCAUUUUAAGUUUGUUCUUAUGUGCAUUUCAUGUAAUUAUUCGUUCAUUAUUUUCUAGAUCUUGAUGAAUGUGUACUCGGGACUCAUGGUUGUAGUGGGAAUGGUCUCUGUACAAACACUAUUGGAUCUUACACGUGUCGAUGUAACACAGGCUACACUGGAAACGGAUUUACCUGCAUCGGUAGGCUAUUAUACUAUUUUCUAUCUUAUCAUUUUUAUUAAAAGAAGGCAUUGUAGUUUAAAAUGAGUGUAGGAGCCUAGUGAAUAACUUUCAAACAUAUGUAAACAUUUGGCUAGUUUACAUGUCGUUAUCAUGCGCCCCAUGUAAAGUUUAUUUAAAAGCUCAGUCUAGUAUGGCUAUGCAUGUCGAUCGUAUCACAACAAACCGUUAGCUAAUAAAAUUUUCCUUUUUAGUAUGUGUGGCUUAAAAGUCAUUGGAUCUUUUAUUUUUUCCACACAGAACAAUGGAUUAACAUACUGUUGUUCUCAAUAGACUGUAAUCUUUAUUGCAUUCUUGCCACAAUGGCCUCGUUUUCAUGUGGAUAUUUCCUCUUGUUCCGUGGACAAUAUGGAUAUAAGGGUAUAUAGGUUUGAGUUUGGGCUGAAGAUCAGUGAGAAACAUAUUUGGAUAUAACCUUCAUGUGCGCCUGUCAUGCUAAAACAGGCAAACAUGGAAACGAGGCUUAUGGAGCAAAAGUGCAGUAAAGUCUAUUGCAUUUAAUACACAGCACAUAAUCAUCACAAUUUUUCCAACAUUUAAUAUGGAAGAUCUGUCUACAUGUAUAUUUUACAUUACAGGUGUUCAAUUUUGCUUGUAUCGGAUAACAAGCCUAUAACUAUACUUCUCUCUUCUUAAGAUAUUGACGAAUGUGGCUUGAAUAUUGACAACUGUGGUCAGAACGCUGCAUGUACAAACACACAAGGAAGUUUUGUUUGUACUUGUAACCCUGGUUACACUGGAGAUGGCUUGUCUUGUACUGGUAGGUUUUACAAAAUACUUAUAGUGAAAUAUCAGACCUUACUCUGAAGAAUCAAUACAACCACAGCAGCUACACAAGCUCAUUCAUUAUAUAAAUACUGUACAAGGAGACUUUCGACGUUUCAAGCUAAGACCUUUCGUGGGGAAAUUACUAGCGUAUGACGUGAAAAUCAUGAAAUUUGACCCCUCACAACAGCUCUGAGCGGCGGACAUUACUUUUAUUCACCUGCCUGAUAGUAACAUCGACGAGUAAUAAGUACUAUUUAAAACAUGAGCAGCAGUGUUUUAUCAAAUAUAAUGAUGAUGAUGAUUGAAUCUUAGCCGAAAGCUACAAUAUUAAAAUGUUUAUUUUCGGAGUUACCGUUGUUUUAUAUUUUGUGAAAUACACCUCGGGUAACAUUGACAGUCUCGGGUCCACAAAAUGAACAUUUCAGUCUGCACUGCUUGCUACUGAUGUUGUGUAUAGGAUAUAAUACUUCCAGGGUAUGGGCAUCUGGAAAUCUUGGAUCGAGGCCGAAGUCUACCAUGACACCAUGUAAUUCAAUACAAAUUCGAUGUACCAUGGCACUAAAUUAUAGCUAUACCAAGUAACAGUAACUCCGAAUAACAUUUUGAUUUUUAAUCGAUGUUUCGACUAGUUUGUAGUCAUCCUAUGACAUGUAGCUAUGAUUUUUUAUUUAUUACACGUCAGCGUCGUUUCAAUUAUCACUAAUUAAUGCAUCACAUACUGUAAAUAUUGACCAACAAUUAGGCCUAACUUCAAUAAUUUGAGUGACGUUUUAUUUUUAUUUUAGACAUUGACGAGUGUACAGAUAAUACAGAUAAUUGCCACACGAAUGCUGCUUGCACGAACAAUAUUGGCUCGUUUAGUUGUGCAUGUAAUGUGGGCUUUUCUGGAAAUGGAGUCAUUUGUGUAGGUAAGAUAUGGAGGUUGAUUUAGUCUUAUUUUGUUUUUACUUAAACCCGUGAAAUAUAGUUGUAACUCUGAACAGGCAUGUUGAUCGAACAUUUCAUGAUCAUAAACGAUAUAGGUAUAUAUUAAUCAUAAUUAGUAAAACUACAAUGUGUAGAUAGUUUAUCAAUAUCUAGUUAAACUCACACCAAAUCAAAUAACUACUCAAAUGAUAGUAAAGUAAUAACGACUGACUCGUCCCCAGUCGCUUAAUGCGAGCCUCACAAUUGAGAGGAACAAACUCAGUUCGUAAGCUUACGUGUAAUGUAAUUAAACAGAAACUCCAAAUGCACGUACUAGUCGUACUAGUGAAAUAUUGCGGGUAUAGAAAGCAGUCUUGCCGUAUCACAAGCUCGAGACGAUAAUUCUUAAUUCAGGGUGUAUAAAAAAACUGAACAGAUUUGAAGUUUCUCUUAAUUUCGCAAAACAGCUCGUGGUAUCAAGUUUUUGUUAUAUAUAGAUCCCUUGAGUUUUCUCAUAAUGUAGAAUAAUGAAAAAAAUACUCGAACUCAAAUUUUGUAAACCAUGGAGGUGUUUCUUUUCCAACAAACUAAAAAUGGCUUGCGCACGAAAUUUAAAAGAUUUAAUCGUAUUUUGAGAAUUUGAGUUAACGGAUGGAAAAUGUGUUGGGUUUUUUAUUACUGUACAAAAUUUCAGACAAUUUGUCCUAAAAAAUCAGCCUUUGCAUGCUUCAUUAAUACCUUACCUAAUUUGCAUAUUGCUGCAAUAUGCUGUUUUGCGAAAUUGAGAGCAAUUUCAAAUCUGUUCAGUUUUUCAACAAUAUUUAAUUCAUAAACAUGUAUGCAUGAAAUAAACCGUAAACGUGGUUCGGAGCAUGGGUUUGCGUGUCUUCAUAAACGUAUUGGCGUAACCGCAUUAUCUAAAUAACCUAAGGCUGAUUAUACUAACGUUUACAAAUAUUUGUCAGUUCGAGACUGUUCUGUGAUCAGUUACAGAUGGCAGUGUGACGUAUUAGAAAUAAAAUCUUAAUAUAUAGGUUCUGAUCUAACACGUCUAAUUUCAGUGAAGAUAAGAAUCUCUCCACAAACAUCUGAUUUUUGUAACCCUUCAGUGAUGCCUAAUGGCAACAUUACCUUCAGGAUUUUAUGGUAAACAAGACGCCUGCUCAGGCGUUCACUGAAAAUGACGACAUACGAGCUACGUUGCAAUAGACAAGAAUACAAAUCGUGAACCGCAGACGCAAAGCGUGAAAGGCUAAAAGCGUGCCGUGAUCCUCAGGAGAUGUUUUCGUAAUGCCCAAAUAAACACACAAGUAUUACUCACAAAUACAAACGUUAUCCACGAAUGCACAUGGUUUAGCUCUGAGCAUGCGAUGCGCUAACACAGACAACAUUGUUUACAUUCCGUGAGUCCGUAUAUUAAACGUAUAAAAUUCGAAAAACUCAGCGAUCCAGAUAUUGCAUUUCCAGAGACGUUGCACGAAAAAACCCCAACCAGUCAACUUCCGAGGAAGUGCAGUUUGAAGGUAAAACAUCUUAAGUCGAAUUUUAGACCCCUACGAUUUAAACAGCGCGUUGUUUUGAUGUACGUUCUAUGGGACGCGCUAAAAAUAUAAAUAUUCUGUAAAUACCGAAAUAAAAGAUGAAAAUCUGAAGUAAGACACAAGCUUGAAAAUAACACUAUAAAUAGUGUUUUGGAUUCUGAUUCCAUUAAUACUAUUACGAAAAAGAUAUGUCCAAAGGGGCUGAAGUUAUGUUCGACGAAAUGUAGGGCUAGUUUACAUUGUUCAUUAUAUUAUGAAAUAUGAUACCAUACCUUACUUGUAUUAAAAUUCGCAUCGAAGUUAAAAGUAAUGUUAUUGUUUGACGCAACAAAUCUUCAGUAACACAAUAAAAUGUAUGUUUCUUGUAGUUAUCAGUAGCAAGUAAAUGUUUUCGCGUUUUGUAUAGAUGUAUUGUCUGAGGGUAAAACGUCUUAAGUCGAUCAGUAGCAGGUUUAUUAACUUUGGACCCAUCACGGAUGUCGCGCGAUUGACUGUACAUUACGGAUGCGCGAAUGACUAUAUGUGUAUUGCACAUGAUACAAACACAUUGAGUAUACAAUUCUACUCUGCGCAUACAAUAUUUUGUAGUCAAACUGUCAAAACUUUAACUUGUCCUUGUUUAUAUUCCAUUCUAUUGUAUAAAUUCGCGGGGUACAAAUCCCGUACAAUAUUACAGAGAAACGGUGAAAUGCUAAAAGCGUGGCGUGAUCCUCAGGAGAUGUUUUCGUAAUGCCCAAUGAAACACAAGUAUUACUCACAAAUACAAACGUUAUCCAUAAAUGCACAUGGCCUCUGAUGGAUAUAGGGACUCAGGAGGUCUGGAACUGGUAAUUAUGCGCGUGCGUACAAGUGUAUGGUCUAAUAAAGAAAGAUGUACCACAAGCAUGGCAUGAGUCUGCUACUACGUACAUAAAUACGGACCUUGUUACUAUGAAAACUAAAUCAAGCAGUCGAGGAAUCGAAUGGCAUUUGAAUCAUGGCAUUUUGGAUUAAUCGUUGCACCCUGAGCCUGCGAUGCGCUAACGCAAACUCCAUUUCUCGACGAAAACAGAAAACAGAAAAUUAGGGAUUUAAGACACUUGACCUUUCAGGUCAGUGUAAUAAUAAUUUUAUGGUAAAUAAUUAUCAUAAUGAAUUUGUCUUGUGUUUUUCAGACAUUGACGAAUGUACACUCGGUACUCAUGACUGUCAUGCUAAUCCAAUUGAAGCAACAUGUACAAACACCAUUGGAUCAUUCACGUGCGCGUGUAAUACUGGUUACACUGGGGACGGUAAAACGUGUACAGGUUUGUACGAGAGUGAUUGUUUUUGUGUUCGCAAUAUCUUCCAAAUUAGUUAAAUAGUUUCAUUUUCCAAGAAAAUUGAAUGAUUUCCAGGAUACAGAUGCCCAAUCUCGUACCCAGAGUAUGCCCGUUCGCAGGUUAGGUGCUGGGCAUGACUCUGGAGAAACGGAAUGAAAUGAUCAAUUCCAUUGGCUGGCGUGAGAUCAAUGACACCGAUACCGGAAAUUGGUGUUCAAGUGCAGGAAUUACACGUGGAAAUUGCCGAAUACGAC